AUGCAACGCGCACAGCAAAUGGACGAGGAGGACGAUGCAGCCACCACGUCGUGCUGUGGUCCGCUCUCGUACGCAAACCUCCGACGGCCUGUCGAGGUGGACGAUGAUAUGAUGUCAGAUUGGCAGACACAAAACACCUUCUGGGCGUGGCCCUUUUUUGGUCCGCUCGUCUUUGAAAACACCACCAGCGAUGCGCGGGAUCACUGCGCAAACGAACGCACAUUCCUUUCGUUCCUGAGGCUGUCAGUCUACAUGGCCAUCGUUUCCGUCGCCAUUGUCCUCUCAUUCCAUCUCAAGUCGCAACCAUCCCAGCUGGAGCUGCGCAUGGCCCGGCCUCUGGGUUUCAUUUUCUGGCUCCUAUCGCUGUCUUGUUUGAUGGUCGGCUUUUGUAAUUACAUGCAGACCGUAAACAAGUAUAGCAGGAAAACGGCCAUAGUUCAGACAGGAUGGAGAACUCAAUCGAUCAUUUCGCUUAUCGCUCUGGCUAUUGUCGGGACAUGCAUCGUUUUACUGGUCGUCGCCAAGAUCGAUGUGGAAUAA